GUUAGUGGGUUUCGGGAGCGCAGCGUCUCUCUCACGGCCGCGGUCCUCGCCUUUUGUUACCUCCUACUCGUGUAUUUACCUGUCCCCUCUUUCCACCGUAUUUAAUUUUUUUUUUUUUUUUACGCGGAUACUCGUUUCGAGGAAAAAACGUUUAUGGUCCUGGCUGAAGAUUUCACCAUGUCUCGCACUGACGAGGUUCACCGCUUGACGGAAAAUGUCUAUAAGACCAUCAUGGAGCAGUUCAACCCCUGCUUACGGAACUUCGUUGCCAUGGGGAAGAACUAUGAGAAGGCCCUAGCUAGUGUGACAUUUGCUGCCAAAGGCUACUUUGAUGCUCUGGUCAGAAUGGGUGAACUGGCCAGUGAGAGUCAAGGAUCCAAAGAUUUGGGGGAUGUGCUGUUCCAGAUGGCUGAGGUCCAUAGACAGAUCCAAGUGCAGCUAGAAGAGAUGCUGAAAUCCUUCCACAAUGAGCUGCUGUCUGAGCUGGAGAAGAAGGUGGAGCUGGAUGCUCGUUAUUUGACUGCUGCCCUGAAGAAAUACCAGAUGGAACACAAGAGCAAAGGGGAGAGUCUGGAGAAGUGCCAGGCUGAACUAAAGAAGCUGCGCAGGAAGAGCCAGGGCAGCAAGAACCCCUCCAAGUAUGGAGAGAAGGAGAUGCAGUUUGUGGAGACCAUCAGCAGUAAGCAGACUGAGCUGGACACCUUCAUCGCUGAGGGAUACAAGACAGCCUUGUCUGAGGAGCGUCGCAGGUACUGCUUCCUUGUCGAUCGCCAGUGUGCUGUGGCAAAGAACAGCAGUGCCUACCAUGGCAAAGGUAAAGACCUUCUGACGCAGAAGAUCCCAGUGUGGCAGCAGGCCUGCUCGGACCCCAACAAGCUGCCAGAGAGGGCCAUGCUCCUGGCCCAGCAAAUGGGCUCUGCUGCCCUGGGGGGCACAAGUCCACUGCAUACCUCAAAAUCCAACCUGGUCAUCUCAGACCCCAUACCUGGGGCCCAGCCUCUCCCUGUGCCCCCAGAGUUGGCCGUGUUUAUGGGUAGUGGCCUUGGGCACCCAGCGAGGCUGAUGGGCCCUGAUGGCAUGUCCAUGGUCAAUGGGACAACAGGAGUCCAUGGAGAGGAAUUUUGGACAGAUGGGGGAACGUUGUCUGUGUCCCAAGUCAGGCCUUCAUCCCCUCAGACCCAGGCACAGGGUCAGUCCCAGGCCCAGCCCCAGAGACAGGUCAGCGAUGUCUACUCCAACACCCUUCCUGUCCGCAGGCCUGCCCCCGCCAAAAAUAAAAACCCAGUGGGAGAGACACGAACCUUGCCCAGGUCCAGUUCCAUGGCAGCAGGACUGGAAAAGAACGGGCGCUCCCGUGUCCAGGCCAUCUUCUCUCAUGCCGCAGGUGACAACAGCACCCUGCUCAGUUUCUCCGAGGGGGAUGUCAUCACUCUGCUAGUGCCUGAAGCCCGCGAUGGCUGGCACUAUGGGGAAAAUGAGAAAAACAAGAUGCGUGGCUGGUUCCCGUUCUCCUACACCCGUGUGCUGCCGGAGAGUGAUGGCGAGAAGCUCAGAGUAAACCUGCACCAUGGGAAAAGUAGCAGCACAGGGAACUUAUUGGAGAACGAUGCAUCACUGCCCACACCUGACUACGGCCUGACCGCCCGACUGCUGGCACAGAGCCUAGCACAGACCCGCCCACGCCCCUACAGCAUGGCAGGCUUUGGCACACAGCCUGCUAUUGAGGAUUAUGACGGCCGCUUUGCCACAAGUGACAGUCCUGAUGGCAAAUUGAUUUCGACUGUGUGAGAACAGACAUACAGACAGAAACAGACAGCUCCGGAUAGCACAGGGGCCUCUUCCUCCCCAUCUAUUCCCUCCUCUUAGCCUCCCUCCUGUCCACUUAUCUCCACCUCUUCUACUCUGCCUCCACACACACCCCUUCUCCGAAUGGAAGAGGCCAGUUUCAUCCCUCCUUUCUGUCCUCUCUUCCUCCCCGGGUCCCUCCUUUCCUCCUUCCGUCCAUCCUGGGUGCUGCUGCUGGUGGUGUCGGUGUGGACAGUAGCGGUUGGUGGGUGGAGGAUUGCGUUGAGCGAGAGAGCCAGAGCGGGGUCUACCUGCUCGGCAUGCAGCGAUAUGGACACUGAAUACUCUAUCUCUGAUCAUAGUCCACCAUCACGGACUGAUCUCUCAAGAGACUGCCUUUGCUACUGCUUGUCUUUCAUGCAUGUACAUGGUUGUGUCAUUUUGUCAAACUAAAGGACAUGUUCAUGUACUGUACAAGUGCCAAAAGACUCCAAUGUCAUUGUACUAAAGCCACUGACUGAAUGGCCUUUUUAAGCACAUGUGGGCCCGCCUAUUAUUGAGUUCCCACCAAACACACACGCUAAAAAAAACAAAAAGCUUUGUUUUAAGUAAGGCUGUGCAGCAGAUUACUAUGUUUCUAUUCUGAGAGAUCCCAUAGGUCCUGCUGUGCUUCCUUGUGCCACUACUAGACUUUUCCGUCCAGAGGGUGUGUCUUAUUUGCCUUACUUUGCUUCUUUUUUUUUUCUAUUAAACACAUAUUUACAAUACAAGAACUUUAUUUAUCCCCAAAGUGAAAUUCGAUAAUUUAUGGACAACGAAGCAAAUUUCUACUUUUAGCUUCAUGAAUAUACAGUAUUAUGAAUACUAUAUAUAUAUAUAUAUAUAUAUAUAUAUAUAUAUAUAUAUAUAUAUACACAUAUAUAUAUAUAUAUAUAUAUACACACGCAUACGUGCGCAUGCGCGCACACACACACACACACACACAUAUAUAUAUACACACACAUAUAUAUACAUAUAUACAUAUAUAUGUAUAUAUAUAUAUACACGCAUACGUGCGCGCGCACACACACGUAUAUAUAUAUAUAUAUAUAUAAAUUCUUUCCGUCAGUCCACCAAAUUGAACUGUGUUAUGAUCAUUGCAAAAACAUGUUCUCAUUAAAAAUUACAAUUAAACUCUCCACCCUCAGCCCCAUAUAAACCUUCUUUUUUGCCUGAAUUUACUGCCAGAAUUGUUGGUUAAAUGAAAUGCCUCACUUGGAUAUCCUUUUUGUUUUGUUUUGUUUUUUUUCUCUGAAGCUACAGUGAGUUUGAAAGGGUCUAUGAUCUUUUGUUGAAUAUCCUCAAUAACAGCUGUGAAUUAGUUAAAUGAUAACCACGGCUUUUGCAGCUUUCAGUGUUAUUUAUGAUUGUAUUCCCUGAGUGGCUAUGUAGUUUUUUUGGUCUUUUCUUUCAAAAAUAAAAAAUAAAAAACAUUGUCCUUGUAAAAAAAAAAAACUAACAAACAAACAAAAACAAUAUUUCCAGAAACAAUGGACAAACUAUUGAUUAAUUGAAGUGUUUAUCUUAUGCAUGCUGUGGAGGGAAACCAGAAAAUGUGAUACUAAAAAUUGACCUUGAAUGUAUGGUGACUUUUUACAAAGGUAUUCUAAAUAAAACAUAUCUCUAUAUAUUAAUAAACAG